UGACUACCAAUCGACCACCAUCGAUGGGUAUAAUGAAACGUUAAAAAGUUAAAGUUGUCAGAUUGUCAGGCUAACUUCACAGAGGUUUUACCGACAAUAUGUUUUGAUGUUCAUCGUUCAGAGUGGUUUAGAGUUUAGAGUUUGGAUAUUCGUCAAACUAACAAAAAAUGUUACCAUUAUCGUUAUUAAGGACGGCACAGAAUCAUCCUAUGCUUGUUGAGCUGAAAAAUGGAGAAACUUAUAACGGACAUUUAGUUAGCUGCGAUAGUUGGAUGAACAUAAAUCUCAGAGAGGUUAUAUGCACAUCUAGGGACGGUGACAAAUUCUGGAGAAUGCCCGAAUGUUAUAUCAGGGGUAGCACAAUCAAGUAUCUACGAAUACCUGAUGAAGUUAUAGAUAUGGUAAAAGAAGAUGUGCAAAUGAAAUCGCGUGGACGCGGAGAAAUGAAAGGACGAGGACAAAAUCAACGAGGACGCGGUAGUGGAAGAGGAACUUUUGGCCGUGGCGGAAGGGGUCCUGCACCUCUAGGUCGUGGUGGAGGUAAUCCAGGGGGAAAUAAACUACAAAACAAGGCAAGGACUAAAUAAAACUAAAUUAUGGUAUUAUUUUAGUGUAAUUUAGUUAAUUAUCGGUUCUCCUUUUUGUAUUUCAUUUUUAAGUUUCUAAAAAAUAUAAUCCUCUGUAAACCACAAUAUUAGUUUAGGAAUUUAAUAAUCACUUGUACACAAUAGAUAACGUCUAUGAAGAUGCAAGGGUAGAUAAAGAGUAAAUAUUGUUUCAAAGAUAAAUACAUGUAUAGAAAGUGUCAGUUAUAUUUGUAAUAUACACAUUUCGAUAAAAUAUAUUUAAUAAAUGCGACUAUAAAUUAUGUAUAU